AUGGCUUAUUUUGGUGAGAGCCUAACUGGUGUUGCCUCAGAAUGGUUUAUAGACCAAGAGAUCUCCCACUGGCACAUCUGGGAUGAUAUGGCUCAAGAUUUUGUUAGACAAUUUCAGUACAAUGUCGACAUUAUGCCAGAUCGCAAUACACUUUCUAAUAUGAGAAAGAAGUCAAAUGAAAGCUUCAGAGAGUAUGCUAUCAAAUGGAGGGAACAAGCAGCCCGGGUCAAGCCACCAUUAGAUGAGCAAGAAUUGGUUGAUAUCUUUAUAGAGGCUCAAGAUCCUGACUACUUCCACCACCUGACAGUCGCAAUGGGAAGACCAUUUCACACAACAAUCAAAAUCGGAGAAAUGGUCGAAAGUGGUCUCAAAACAGGAAGGAUUGUGAGCCAGGCAGCAAUCAAAGCUACCACACAGGCCAUUCAAGGUGGUUCAGGAAGUUUUGGAAAUCGCAAAAGAAAAGAGGAAGUUUCUUCGCUAGUAUCAGGGUCAAUAGGUGCUCAAAGGAAUUAUAAUUGUCCUUACCCACCACUUCAGGGACAAUCUAGCUAUCCUCAACAUUACUACCCUUAUGUCCCUCAAUAUCCAGUAUCUCCAUCUCCAUACACGGUUUUCAAUGCUCAGUCAUAUGUGCUUUCUCCCAAUCGCCCACAUUUUCGGGCCCCAACUCAAGGAAACCUUCGCCCACAACGACCACCCUAUCAGGUCCCUUACAACCCUCCUCCUAUGCAAAAUUAUGCUCAAGAUCAAGGACAGAAAAGAAAAUUUACUCCAUUGGGAGAGUCAUACUCCAGCUUGUUUCAAAAGUUAAGAAAGAUAGGAGUGAUUGGGUCUAUCCCACCACAUCGUCUGAAUCCAACUGCUCUAGGUUUCCAAGCCAAUGAAAGAUAUGAGUAUCAUUCAGGGGCCCCAAGACACAUCACUGAUAAUUGUUGGACCUUGAAGGGGGCGAUAAAGAAGCUAAUCGAUCAUGGAGUGGUCGUUGUGACAGAUGAUCAAAACACUCCCAAUGUGACUAAUAACCCACUUCCAGCUCAAAACAAUUUAGUGGGUAUGAUCUGCGAUGAUCAAGAGUAUAAACUCCUUGGCAAAAUGGGAAAGUUGUUUAGGAAGAUCGGAGAGGAAAAUAAGCCGAUAAAGAGUUUAGAACCAGUUGCAUCUUUGAGUGUGGAAGGUGUCAACCUUGAUACCAAAGUUUUGUGUGUCCCGGGGGUUUCGAAGGGGAUUGAAGUUCGAGCAGGUAUGCCGAAGUUGUAUGUAUCAAAAGGUUUUUCAUUAACACAACAGGACCAAUUUUGCUUGGCAAAGUUGAAAGGACCUAUCUUUGUUAAGCUUGUCCAACAGCUUCCGGUAACUGAUUUGAAGGCUGUCCCUUGGAACUAUAACAAAAUCACUGUGGUUUACCGAGGAAAGGAGAUUGUUGAAGAGGUUGAUGAAGUAGGAGGGCUGACACGCUCUGGAAGAUGUUAUUCUCAAGAAGAAUUAAGAAAAGGGAAGAUGACUCAAAACAUCCAAGUACCACUGAAGAAAGCAGUUACUGAAGAAGAAGCAGAAGAGUUUCUAAAAAAGAUAAAGGUUCCGGAUUACUCUGUUGUGGAACAAUUGAAGAAAACCCCGGCACAAAUUUCAUUGUUGUCUCUACUCCUGCACUCAGAAGAACAUCGUCGUGUGUUGAAUAAGAUUUUGAAUGAAGCACAUGUAUCGAAGGAGACCACGGUAAAUCAGUUAGAGAAAAUGGCCAAGCGCAUCUUUGAGUCAAACACCAUCACUUUCACUGAUGAUGAGUUGCCCACAGAGGGAGCUGGACACAACAGAGCAUUGCUUCUUACAGUGAAAUAUGAAGGGUACUAUGUAAAGAGGGUCAUGAUAGAUGGGGGAUCCGGGGAAAUCAUUGUGCAUGGGGAAGAUGAUUUACCUAUUUACAGAGAUCCCUCCAUUCCAUACAUUGAGGCAAAAGAAGGAUGUGAUUCCAUUGUUUACCAGUCUUUUGAGGCCGUAUCAGUCAAUCGCUUUAGAGAAGGAGACCCCAUUAUCCAACCAUGUCUCUCUUCUUCCUCUUCAAUGGUAGCAACGACCAUGCUCAAAUAUGGUUAUCAGCCUAGUAAAGGUUUGGGACUAUGUUCUCAAGGAAUUGUGGAUCCCAUUACUCUUUUUGGGAACCAAAGCACCUCUGGCCUCGGAUACAAACAAAGCAAGAGAAAUGAAGAUGAGAGUAAUAACCACAAAGGGACUGAUUGGGCGUUGCCACAACCGAUUCCCCAUAUUUAUCAUCCUUUAUCAAGUCUCAGGGUCCAGAAAUGGAAGCUUCUUUUACUCAUGAAGACAUUGAAGAAGUUAUUCAGGAUCUCAGUCAGUUGUUUUGUGAAGUAA